GUUCCCUCGCCAAGACGCGUGUUAAUUUCCACCGUAAAGGGAAGGAGCAAUGCGGCCGGAGCGAGGCAGACGGGCCCUGCCUCAACUUUGUCCCCCCUGCAAACAAACACACGCCGCUUCGUGCAUUCACGAAACGCACCAUCACCAUCCGUCAGGCAUCCGCCACCUCAUUCACACACAGACUGCUUCUCCUGCCUGCUUUUGAACUCACAAUCACCUCUCUCUCUUCAUCACGGCCGCGUCUCAGCAGCCAUCGCGUCCUCCUUCCGUCUAGCCACCCUCCUUCCUCAUCGACGCGUUAAGGCCGCCAUCUCAACACCAUGGCCACCACGCACGUCGUAGCGCUAUUUCUGCCCAACACGCUCAAGUUCCCUCAGGGGAUGAAGGGCAAGGCUCCGACGCGUGCUCCAUCGCCGCGCUCUGCAACUCCCGCCUCUGCAGCUCCCACCUCUGCAGCUCCCGCCUCAACAGCUCCGCCCUCUGCAGCCCCGGCAUCCCCUCCUCAAGCAGACAGCCCUCAAGCAGACCGUACGUCGCGUGUUGAGGAACGCAUGAGCCCGCCCAUCAAGCUGCUCAGGUCAGCAAGCGCGACGAGCCUGUUUGGCCUAGAGGCGGUGGCGGCGGAGACGAAGGAGACGACCCUAAACACCAGUGCAAGCUCUCAGCAGCUUUGCGUUGAUCCCUCGACUGCAGACUACUCCAAACGCCACGUCGCCAAGUUCAGUGAUCCCCGAUCGCUCGUGCAAAGCGACGCAGAGGCGUCACCCUGGGGAGCGGCACAACCCUUCAACCAGCCACGCUCAAAAGCUGGCCCCCUGCCUUCAAGCUCCGUCUUGGACUUUACUAAAGUCAACGACCAGCUGAAGAAGCAGAAACCUCGCCCCGCCGAGAAACACGCCACACCUCCCACCCCUCGUGAUUCCCGCGGCGGCAGCGGUGAGCGUACCACCGAGUCUCCGUCAUGGAUCGUCGAGCCAGCACUUCGCGGCAACGGUGGCUUGACCAACGCCAUGCGUGCAGUCACGCAAGCUGGGCUGAUGGAGGUGUCUUGGAUCGGCACACUCGGCUUCCCGACCGAUGCCCUCAAAAGCAGCACGCGUGAGCAGGUUGAUGACCACUUCCUCAACGAGUACAACUCAGCCGUCGUCUACUGCACCGACAAAGAUCUCCACGGACACUAUCAUGGCUACUGCAAGACCAUCUUGUGGCCGAUCCUCCACUACCACAUCCCUGACCACCCGAAGAACAAGGCCUAUUGUGAUCACAGCUAUGAGUUCUAUUACAACGUCAAUCGCGCAUUUGCAGACAAGGUCAUUGAGUCCUACAGACGUGGAGACACGAUCUGGGUUCACGAUUACCAUCUCCUCCUCGUUCCAGGAAUGGUCCGCGAGAAGCUCCCCAACGCUCAGAUCGGCUUCUUCCUGCACACAGCAUUCCCGUCUUCGGAGGUGGUUCGCUGCCUGCCCACCCGCCGCACACUGCUCGAGGGCAUGCUGGGUGCCAAUCUGGUCGCCUUCCAGACGCUGGAGUACGCCCAACACUUCCUCCAGGCGUGUAGCCGGCUUCUCAACCUCGAAACCACCGAGGAAGGGGUGCAGUUUCCCGAUCGCUUCAUCAAUGUCACCAGCCAAGCCAUCGGCGUCAAUCCGCCCGCACUCCACGAAGCUCGUCAAGACGCAGAAGUUGAGAAGUGGAUCGACAUCAUGAAAGACACAUACGGGAACAAGAAGCUCAUCGUUGCGCGAGACAAGCUCGAUAGCGUUCACGGCAUCGAGCAGAAGCUCCUCGGAUACGAGAACUUCCUGAGCAACUAUCCCGCGUGGGUGGAGAAAACAAUCUUGAUACAAGUGGCCACGUCGGCGGAUCAGGAGACUGACCUUCUCCGGAAAGUGACCAGGAUCAUCUCGCGCAUCAAUGACAAGCAUGCAGAUUUGUGGCAUAGGCCGGUGAUCUUCUUGAAGCAAGACAUCAACUUUGCUCAAUGCCUCGCUCUGCUCAGUGCUGGCGAUUGCUUGAUGAUCACACCCGUUCGCGAUGGCAUGAGCCUUUCCGCUGCCGAUUAUGCAAUCUGUCAAGACGGCAGCCUGGGCGGGAAGAAGCAUGGCACUCUGAUCCUGAGCGAGUUCUCGGGAAGCUCGGAGGUGCUUCACGGCCACAUCUCCGUGAAUCCGUGGGACAACAACAUGAUGGGCGCCGCGAUCAACCAGGCACUGGAAAUGAGUGACGCGGAGAAGCAGCAGCGCUGGAGCCACCUGCACGCCAGUGUCUUGCGUCACACGGGACUGCACUGGGCCGAAGAGCUCAACCAUCUUCUCGGGAAAGCAUAUGAUGAGCAAUCCCAGCGCUCUUCGAUUGCAGUACCACGUCUGUCGGCCACUCUCCUCUGUGAGAAGUACUUGCAGACGAGCCGUCGCGUCUUUUUCAUCGACUACGAAGGCACGCUGGCCCCCCACAAGACCAGUUCCGGCAUCUCCUUGGUCCAACCUCAGCGCAUCAUCGACGUCUUGCAUGAGCUGAUGGCGGAUCCUAAGAAUACUGUCUACGUCAUGUCAGGACGUAGCGUGGAGGAGCUCAGCGUCAUUUUCCGCACUGCCCCGGGCCUGGGCCUCAUCGCAGAGAAUGGGUGCUUCAUGCGCAAAGCCGGCAAGAAAGCCGCCGAAUGGCGACCCUUGAUCGACGUGAACCACGCCAACCGCUGGAAGAAAGAAGUCAAGCAGGUUCUUCAGUACUUCCUGGAGCGCUCCGAAGGCAGCUUCCUCGAAGAGCGCCAGUGCAGCGUGCGUUUCCACUACGCCAAGGUGGAAGACCAGGUCGCUGCUGUGCGAGUGGCUGGCGACUUCGCAGAGCAGAUCAACAGCGGCUGCAAGCCGUUCGGCAUCCACGCAAUCCCCCUCCCCGGCGCCGUCCUCAUCGAGCCCUCGGACGCCAACAAAGCCACCGCCGCCGCGCGCAUCUUCGACUCCAUCACCAAGAAGCAAAGCACCGCCGGGGGCUACGCGUCGCCGCCGCAGUUCCUGCUGGUCGCUGGCGACGACCGCGAGGACGAAGUCGCCUUCCGCUGGGCCAACAAUCUCGGCAAGCAAGGAAUCGUGAAGCAGGUUUCCACCAUCUCGGUAGGAAGCCGUGGAACGGAGGCGCAGGCGGCGCUGGUGCAGGGGUCGACGGGGUUGCUGGGUGUUUUGGAGAAGCUGGGCAAGGUCUCGCGCGGAGAGCCGGUAAGCGAGUCGUUUGGUGGUGCUGGUGGGCGCUCGCUGGUCCCCUCUUAGUGUGAGAAUAGGGAAGAUUGAGCGUGCGUGGGUGUGGUUUGGGGCCUGGGGGGUUGAUCGUGGGCAUGAGAGAUGCCCUUUGGGCAGUAUAGUUAUUUAGCUCUAGCCCUUCGUAUCGAAUGCGUUGCUUCUGCC